AGCGAAACUGUCUUUUCAUCUUUUCUAUCAAUGCCCUUGAACGUCCCUGGCAUUCUCGUUCUGUUUCACCUGCUCAAGAAUCCUCGACUUGUCAUUCCCCAUGUAACAGUAAAAGAUAUUCGCCAAAUUGAUUUUUUAGCGCUUCGAAAUGCAGGCUACAGAGGAGCAAUCUUUGAUAAAGACAAUUGCUUGACGAUUCCGUAUAAAGAUACCCUUGUGCCACAGCUCGAGGAUGCGUGGAGAGAAUGUCGUGAGGCAUUCGGGGAAGGAAACGUAAUCAUCGUCAGCAAUUCCGCUGGCACCAAGUUCGACGCCGGAGGAAUCCAGGCAGAAUCGGUGUCAUAUCAUCUCUCUGCCCCGGUUCUCCGACACGACACUCUUAAACCUGGUUAUUCCUGCAUUGCUUCCACACGCGCCUACUUUUCGUCUCUUCGCCUUCCAAUCUCUGAUGAUGAACUGGUUGUAGUCGGAGACCGUAUAUUUACGGACGUGAUCAUGGCAAACAGAAUGCGCUCUGACUUCGCCUCAUCUUCGAGUAAUGCACCCGCUCGUGCGAGGAUUGGCGGCCCCCUUGCUAUCUGGACGGAUGGUGUCUGGCAAAAAGAAAGCAUGGUGAUGCGAUGGCUGGAAAAGCGCUUGUUGAGUAUGGUCCGAAAGUGGGCGAGACACGGGGAAACGUCUUUCGUGGGUACUGACAUAUUCGUGAGGGAACUCCCUUCUCCGCAACCUCGCAAGACUGGAAGCGCACUUACUAAAUUGUUGGACAUGAUGAGAUAGCAUGGUUGGCGACUUUUCUGCGCAUAACGCCAACCACGACUCGAACUUCCUUCCACUACAAUUCAAGUUUGCAAGGAUUUGUUGGCUGGCAGUUGAUCACUGUACUUAUUUGUGUUGGAACUGGUUCACGAGUCAUACCUAUGUAUCAUUUGUGGCUUGUUACACGAUGCCUUUCCUCUAGUACUGAGAUGUUUGGUCAAUUCACAAAUGAAUGAGCCAUUUAUUGGAAUCCAUCCAGAGAUAAUUAGACGGAAGGACUGCGAUGCUCGGAGCAUGGAGAGUUGGGACCAAUAGAUAUAAUUGUCGUGUUAAUUCAAUAGGCUACUAGAUGAUCUGCUUCAGGCGCAGAAGUGUCACCGUACGUGACAUCGAAGCCAAGGAAGCAGUGAUUUUAAACGUCACGAA